GUGCGAAUACAGAAGUUGGCAUUGUAUGACGUGACUGCCCAGGAAACGUAUGGCUCACUUAGAUCAAUGGAUAAUACACCAUUACAGAACAUUUAGGGAAGUCCAUAUUUCAGCUUUUUUUAUCAGUAAACUAUGGAUGUAACCAUCCUGCUUCUGAUCUUCUGGUCUCUCCUCGGUAUGUAAGAGAUUUACUCAUUUUAUUUUCUGAUAUUUCAUUCUCAAAUUAAAACUUCCCAAUGUAAUAUUUUCCCUAAGCACUAAUUUUGUGAUUACUUAAUAAUAUAGGUUGUUUUUUUUACUGUAUUGUUUCUAUUUAUUUAUUAGUUUUUUUCUUUAUAUGCUUUAUUGUUUAUUUACUCUGGCUAGCUACACUAGUAGAUAACAAUUAGGACAUGUUAUAGAUCUUAAUCCUGUUUUGUUUCUACCUUCCCUUUCCAUUAACUCUCUUCGGUACACACAUACCUUCAGACCCACAUGGCCAGGACCAUUUUUUCUGAUGCUUAUCACUUCUUCAUGUUAUCGGACAAGUACAUGAUUAAUGCUGCCUCAUGUUAUAAUAAACUCACUUGCUGCCGGGCAGAAUUACAGUAAAACGGAAUGUAUAGCAAAAUCGUUCUCAUUCCAUCCAAGCAAGGCUGUCUGCUGGAAUGAGAGAGGGCACCGGGUAUUCUUUCCACUGACUGCCUGGUCUUGUAAAGAUGUACAGGUGUAUUGGGAUCUACAGGUACAGCUUGGACAGGACCUUGAAAUAGGACUGUCCCACUGAAAUGAAGACUAUUGAGAGGUCUGCAAAUAUAACAAGAAUCCACAAGAGCUACAGACAGAGUAAAUCAACCUUCAAAGUAGAGGUUCCUGAAUGCACUGCAUCAUGUGCUCCCCUCUUAGCUUAGCCCUGGUCAACACUGGAAAGCUAUUUACAACAUAGUAUGGAAUGUUCUCUAUCAGCAGUUCAUAUCUCCUAUGAAACCCUAGAUGUCCCAUUCGCAAAGUCUCCUUUGAUUUUAUCUAAACUGUUAAUUAUUAUACUGUAUCAUUCCCCAUGUUUAGUUCACGUGCUCCUUAUAAGACUAUUUUUGUGUGCAUUUUAUUUAUCUUUAUGGCACAAAUAACACUUUAUGCUGAGUUUUCAGUCUGCAGGCUGCAGAUCUUUGUUCAUAUUAGAUUUCUAUAAACAGAUUGUAUCUUCUGACACUUCUCUCUCAUGUUAAAACUUCCCAAUUUAAGUUUCUCACGAUGCAGUUUUCUAUUGUUUGUUUGUUUUACUUGAUUGGUGUUAUCAUUUCUGAAAAGUUGUUUCUUUAUAUGCUUUAUUUGUUAUGCAUACUGACCAAUUACAAUAGCAGACUAAAAUUAAGACCUGUUAUAUAUCAUAAUUUUAUUUUGUUUCUAGCUUCCCUAUGUCUGUCUGUAAGCAUAUACCUGCUCAGACCGAGACUGUCAGAACCAUAUUUUCACAAUUAUAUAGAAAAUCUCGUACACUAUUAGAGGGACAUAAGAGUUAGACAUCUAAAACUUCUAAUAGUGAGACAUCUAAAAGGCACAAGAGGUUCGAGCAUUUAACUUAACAUGGAAUGAUGUGACUGGGGUAUUACUAAAAAUUAUAUAAAUGUGAAACCUGUUGCUAUAAACAUAUACCCCUUCACACUAUUAAAAUAACGCUCCAGACCCCUUGUAGCACUUGUGCUUGCCAAAGUCUUUCAUGUGUAAAGAAUGUGUCCUUUUUUUUUUUUUUUUUUUACAAAAAGUACAGAUUUCAAUAGAAACUGGCAUUUUUAUAAAUUAAUAUUUUUUACAUACCCCUGGCUGUCAAUCAGACAUCUAGUCUAAGGCAAAGGAAGGGCUUUUUUACCGUAAGAACAAUAAGGAUCUGGAAUUCUGUUCGUGAAGAAGUGGUUUUAUCAGAGUCCGUACAGAUGUUCAAACAGCAACUAGAUCCAUACUUGCAAAAACAGAAUAUUGAGGGAUAUAAUUUGUCAAUGUAGGGUAAAUGCAUCUUGAUCCAGGAAUGAAUCUGGCUGCCAUUCUGGGGUCAAGAAGGAUUUUAUUCCUAGUUUGUUGCAAAAUUGGAAGUGCUUCAAACUGUUGUUUUUUUUGCCUUCUUUUGGAUCAACAGCAAAAAACAAAUGUGAGGAAGGCUGAACUUGAUGGACACAUGUGUCCAGGGCCGGUGCAAGGAUUUUUGCUACCCUAGGCAAAAAAAUCAUUUGCCGCCCCCCAAUAAUGUGACAUCACAAUGUCCUAGCCAUAGCAUCCACCCAUGUCAUGACAUAACAUAUGCCUCCAUCCCUGAGUGCACUCUGGCCGACUGGCCAGUAUUAAGGCUCAUUGCUGGGUCUGCCUGGGCAACUCAUUUGCCCAGACUCCAGUAAAGUCGCCACGUGCUACGCAGAGGCGUGCACAGCCCAUUUCAUUAGGAUGUGCAUGAGGAAAUUCUUCUUCUAUGGCAUAUUUUAAUGUAAUGUAAGGUGAAUAUUUAUUAAAAUGUUAAGUGGAUGUGUGGUGUGGGUGUGUGUCUUGCGUAGGGUGGCUGUAAGUGUUUUAGCUAUGUGUGAGGUGUGUUGUGGCUUUUUUGUGCGUGAUGUAUAAGGCUGACUGUGUGUACUGUACUAUUAACUGUAUUAUACUGUUGCCGCGGUAUCCCAUGGCAGUGCUCUAAAAUAGGAGGAGGAGCCAGAACUUGGCCAGGAAGUACAGACCAAAUCCUCUCUCCUCCCACUCUGCACCAGGGGCGGCCUGUGAGCGUGGACUACGUCUUUAGAAGUGGGAGAUGGGGGGCGGCUCACCGAGAAAAUUGAGGGCUUUUUGAUUUCCCUGUCGGGCAGCUUAUUCUGCAGCUGACUCUACAGCACUGACACAUAAACUGGCAGACAUACUGACAAAUAUACAUACACUGACACACACACAGACACAUACACUAUCAGAAUUAUUGACAAACACACAGACACUGAUAGACAUACUGACAGACAUUCUGAUUCACAUAGACAAAUACACUGCUAGACAUACUGAUACAUAUUCAUACACUGCCAGACAUACUGACACACACACACACAUAUACACUGAUAUACAUACUGACACAAACACACACAGACAGAGGCACAUACACUGACAGACAUAGUGAUUCACACAGAGACAAAUACACUGAUAAACACACAAACAUUUAGACACACUAACACACACAGGCACACACAGUGACAGGCAUACUGACACACAGACACAUUGAGAGACAUACUGACACACACACACACAUACUGACAUAAAUACCAACACACACAGAGAUACAUACGCUGACAGACAUACUGACAUACAUACAAACAGACAUACUAAUAUACACACAGACAGACAUACUGUAAAAUUUGCAUUUAUAAACCCAUCCUACAGUUUACUACCUUUUGAUGGAGGGUGACUUCCCUGGGGUCCAGUGUGGUGUCUGAGGGUGAUGGGAGUGAGGAGCCCCCUCCUCAAUGUCACCGCCUCCUCCUUUCUCCCGUGCGUCUCUUUCUGCCCGGUCCGGCAUGACUAUUCUCUUUUUGGUGUGUAAGUAACUUGUGGCUGUCACCUUGUCCCAGACGGCUGAUGAAAAGCAAGCAAGGGGCUGUUAAAGGGUCAAAGUGCCCGACCGGGCCCCAGCUAAAAAAAAAGUCCACUGGGGGGGCUACCCGGUGGGUCUACUUAGUGUGUGGGCCCCUGGCCCAACCGGCAGGGCCAUGGUGGAAAAGAAAAUCUUGAGGGCAACAGGGACCCCUAAAGUCACGGAGCCUAGGGCAGCUGCCCCGCUUGCCCCACUUUAAAGACGGCCCUGUAAAGUAAAGACCACCAAAGGAUAGUGAGGCAGGGGUAGUGGUAUUAGUGGGCGAGAUCUAUAUUUCAGUUAGUGCAAGUAAAUUUAGGGAAUGUGAUAUGAAAAGGUCAUGGAUAGAAGUUGAUUUAAUGAUGCAGCACACAGAGCGUGCAUUCCAAAAGGCAGCUUGAAAAAAGGACUUAAAGUGAGCGUUACAUGGGAUGGAUAUCAGAUUUUUGUUGUUUCUGCUGUUAGUACAAGAUAGGUUAGUGGAGGAUACCUUAAUUAUAUUGUACAUAGGGAAAUGUAUAUACAGAAGGUACAUGUACAUACCUUAAUAUGCCAGACUUAGAGACUAAAUCAGCUAGCCUCCGAUACUGUAAUAAUCUAAAAAAUUUAAGAAAGUGACCACUGUGACUAUGAGAUAGCACCUAAACUGGCAUAUAGGGACAUCAACAUUUUCCAGUAACUUACUAAGUAAUAAAUGAACAAAAUUUCGAUUGAUUACCUAAAGGAUACUGGAACAUAAUACAACGUAUAGAAGAGUAAGAAGCAUACAUUGUUGAAUCGUAACUGUUAGUAAAGCAUAAGGGGAGACAUAUCUUAUACAAUCUCUUCAUAAUACAUAUAUAUACCAUUUUGCUAAAUUGUAUUCAUAAAAGUAGAUCAAAGUACGUUCUGGCUUAACCCCAGGAUUUGGGUGUAUAAUUUGCAUAUCGAAUAACCAGUAAUGAUGUUGUUGAGUAACGUAAACUAAAGCAAUUGUAUAUUUGAUAUAUUUUAUUAACAACUGAGCAAAAAUAUUAGAAUUUUAAAUAGUCCGAAAAUGAGAAUAAAAUGAUAAGUAAUGAAAAUAUAACCAGGGCAGUCUAAUCUUGGGUUAGCCUCCUAUUUAUGAUACGAUGUUUAUUCUGGAAUGGCUGCACACGCUAUGAAUGUGUUUUUCAGGAGCACAUGGCGCUCAUUGCCCUGAUGAGAUUAUACAUACCAAAUCACCUUCCCAGAUAGUUUACUCAGUCACAACUCACAUGAAAGAAGAUCUGGCGAUGUUUAUUCGUCAUACGAUCUGUAGAAUGUGCAGUUACGACAGGUAAAAGAACAAUUCCUCCAUACAGGUAGCAGAGAUACAAGUCACAUAUGAAUGUACAGCAUAGAAAACACUAGAACAGGAAAGGGGGAGGGGAGUACCUGAAGCAGCAUGCAAACCAUUGAGUGGCACAAGAGACAAACUUAAGAUAAACAUUAAAGAAACAGUACAUUAUAAUAAAACAAUAUCAUGUAACAUGACAAUGUUAGAUUUGAACCGAAUGAUAUUGAGAUAAUCCAAACUGAUUAUUUUCGUAAUCUUUUGUAUGAAACUGUUCCCUGUUGUAAGCAAGAGGAGUUAAAUUCCAAGUCAUGAUUUAUGAUUCACGGUGACGUUACGUGUAGUUUUUUUUUCUGCCGACUAUUACUUUUACUUUAAAUGCUCUUGUACCAGGUUUUGUUAUUAUCUCCAUUGGAAUAAAUAGGGAAAUACUUAAAUCCUGGACUGUUGGUGGGCCAUGAGGACUGGUUUGGGAACCACUGCCGUAAUAUAUUACUGCCCACUAAGGGGCCCUUUAUUCCCAUUAAUGUUUCAGAGUUGUACUUUUGUUUAGGGAAGUUGAAUGUUUAUACCCUGUUAUAUAAUGUGUCAUAACACGUCUCCAUAGGUAAAAAAACUGCAAGGAAAGCUUUGUAGGCGGUAAAACUCUCAGUAAAACUGGGUUAAUGUGACCACGUCUCUUUACAGGUAGAAUUCACACUGAAGACACAUUCUGCACUAAUCAGGUAGGAUUCAUCCAGGUAGAAGAAGGAGGUUCUGUCACCAUCCCAUGCAGCUUCAGUUACCCCAAGGAGGACUGGGACAAAUCAGAGAUCACAGUGCACUGGAGAAGUGGAGAAAACAGUCCAUGUGGGCGGAAUGAAUUCAUUUACAAUCACACAAAACCAAAACCAUGGACUCAUGAAAACUACACGGGGAGAAUCUCCAUGGUGGGAGACCCCAUCAGAAAUAAAACUGCUUCAAUCACAAUACAAAACUUGAAUAAAAAGGAUGGUAGAAUGUACUGCUGUAGAUUGCAAUAUAAAAAUCAUCAAAACAAAGACAAACAAUGGCAGAACCCUCCUGGGACUUUUCUGAGGUUUCCUGUUACAGGUAAUAACACACUCAUAACUCUACUGUUUGAUUCACCCUGCAGGCGGAGGGACAGACUCAUAGCUUCUUCUGUCUGUCUGUCACUGUGUCACCCUGCAGGGGGAGGGACAGACUCAUAGCUCCUUCUGUCUGUGUCACUGUGUCACCCUGCAGGGGGAGGGACAGACUCAUAGCUCCUUCUGUCUGUGUCACUGUGUCACCCUGCAGGCGGAGGGACAGACUCAUAGCUCCUUCUGUCUGUGUCACUGUGUCACCCUGCAGGGGGAGGGCCAGACUCAUAGCUCCUUCUGUCUGUGUCACCGUGUCACCCUGCAGGGGGAGGGACAGACUCAUAGCUCCUUCUGUCUGUGUCACUGUCUCACCCUGCAGGGGGAGGGACAGACUCAUAGCUCCUUCUGUCUGUGUCACAGUGUCACCCUGCAGGGGGAGGCACAGACUCAUAGCUCCUUCUGUCUGUGUCACCGUGUCACCCUGCAGGGGGAGGGACAGACUCAUAGCUCCUUCUGUCUGUGUCACUGUGUCACCCUGCAGGGGGAGGGACAGACUCAUAGCUCCUUCUGUCUGUGUCACUGUGUCACCCUGCAGGGGGAGGGACAGACUCAUAGCUCCUUCUGUCUGUGUCACUGUGUCACCCUGCAGGGGGAGGGACAGACUCAUAGCUCCUUCUGUCUGUGUCACUGUGUCACCCUGCAGGGGGAGGGACAGACUCAUAGCUCCUUCUGUCUGUGUCACUGUGUCACCCUGCAGGGGGAGGGACAGACUCAUAGCUCCUUCUGUCUGUGUCACCGUGUCAUCCUGCAGGGGGAGGGACAGACUUAUAGCUCCUUCUGUCUGUGUCACCGUGUCACCCUGCAGGGGGAGGGACAGACUCAUAGCUCCUUCUGUCUGUAUCACCGUGUCACCCAGCAGGGGGAGGGACAGACUCAUAGCUCCUUCUGUCUGUGUCACUGUCUCACCCUGCAGGGGGAGGGACAGACUCAUAGCUCCUUCUGUCUGUGUCACAGUGUCACCCUGCAGGGCGAGGGACAGACUCAUAGCUCCUUCUGUCUGUGUCACUGUCUCACCCUGCAGGGGGAGGGACAGACUCAUAGCUCCUUCUGUCUGUGUCACAGUGUCACCCUGCAGGGGGAGGGACAGACUCAUAGCUCCUUCUGUCUGUGUCACCGUGUCACCCAGCAGGGGAGGGACAGACUCAUAGCUCCUUCUGUCUGUGUCACAGUAUCACCCUGCAGGGGGAGGGACAGACUCAUAGCUCCUUCUGUCUGUGUCACUGUCUCACCCUGCAGGGGAGGGACAGACUCAUAGCUCCUUCUGUCUGUGUCACUGUGUCACCCUGCAGGGGGAGGGACAGACUCAUAGCUCCUUCUGUCUGUGUCACUGUGUCACCCUGCAGGGGGAGGGACAGACUCAUAGCUCCUUCUGUCUGUGUCACUGUGUCACCCUGCAGGGGGAGGGACAGACUCAUAGCUCCUUCUGUCUGUGUCACUGUGUCACCCUGCAGGAGGGACAGACUCUAGCUCCUUCUGUCUGUGUCACUGUGUCACCCUGCAGGGAGGGACAGACUCAUAGCUCCUUCUGUCUGUGUCACCAUGUCACCCUGCAGGGGGAGGGACAGACUCAUAGCUCCUUCUGUCUGUGUCACUGUGUCACCCUGCAGGGGGAGGGACAGACUCAUAGCUCCUUCUGUCUGUGUCACUGUGUCACCCUGCAGGGGGAGGGACAGACUCAUAGCUCCUUCUGUCUGUGUCACUGUGUCACCCUGCAGGGGGAGGGACAGACUCAUAGCUCCUUCUGUCUGUGUCACUGUGUCACCCUGCAGGGGGAGGGACAGACUCAUAGCUCCUUCUGUCUGUGUCACUGGUCACCCUGCAGGGGGAGGGACAGACUCAUAGCUCCUUCUGUCUGUGUCACUGUGUCACCCUGCAGGGGGAGGGACAGACUCAUAGCUCCUUCUGUCUGUGUCACUGUGUCACCCUGCAGGGGGAGGGACAGACUCAUAACUCCUUCUGUCUGUGUCACCGUUUCACCCUGCAGGGGGAGGGACAGACUCAUAGCUCCUUCUGUCUGUCAAUGUAUCACCCUGCAGGGGAAGGGACAGACUCAUAGCUCGUAAAAUAAAAUAUACGCUCGUAUGCACAUAUACAAGGUUAGUGUGCCAGGGUUAGAGAUGUUAGUAUGGUAGGGUUAGGAAGGUUAGGGAGGUUAGUGGGGCAGGGUUAGGGAGAUUAGUGUGGCAGGGUAAGGGAGGCUAGGGGGUUAGAGAGACAAGGUUGGGGGGCUAGUAAGACAAGGUUGGGGGGUUUGAGAGACAGGCUUAAGGAGUCUAGUAAGACAAGAUUAGGGGGUUAGAGAGACAGGGUUAGGGGGUUAGAGGGUUAGUGUGACAGAGUGAGAGGAAAAUACACAGACUUUAAACACAUUUAAUAUAUUUUGCUUUGCCCCCCUCUUGCUUAUCUGCUGUGCAGGUAGGGGAGGCAAUAAUUAAUGUCAUGGUGGUCCAGUGGGUCUCUGUGGUCCAGUGUGCUGCUGGUUCAGUCGCUGGUGGUCCACUGUGAUGCUAGUGAACCCCGUGGUGGUCCAGUGUGCCACUGGGGCUGCCGCUCUCCCUCGCGGUUCCGGCGCACUAUGAUGAAGUAGAGCGCAGGCUGGGAACCUGACGCCUGUGCUCUAACACUCACAGUGUGCCGGUAAUGCGAGGGAGUGCAGCAGCCCCAGCAGCACACUGGACCACCAGGGAGUUCGUUACAGCUGGCAGGGAGAUCUUUGGAUCUCCCUGCUAGCUCAAGGAAGGGGGCUCGAUCAGAGCCUUCAGGACUGUUAAUGGGAACGGCAUUCCUGCUGUGUGGAAAGUGCAGAAACGUGGUUCCCACACGUUCCUGCAGGACUCGGGCCAUAUAUAUAUAUAUAUAUAUAUAUAUAUAUACUUAUUAAAUGUUAUAAUGUUUAAAUAUAAUAUAGAAUCAUAGAACCAAGGCUUCCUCUGUUUAUCUGUAGAUAGAUCAUAGACAGAUAGAUAGAUAGAUAAAUUACAAAAUGUGUUUGUGAUAUUAUUCUACACAUCUUUUCAUACAGCUAUAAUCCUUCACAGCUGGAUUAAAUCAUGAAUCCUUAUCCCAUAUUUCAAAUUCUCACUCUACCGUAGGCAUGAUUAGAGUUAUGGAUGCAACGACUGUUUAUAAUCUUUUAUCUUGCAACUUCCUGUAAAACUACCUCUUAUAGAUUUUUAUUCUAUAUUUCAUUAACCUCUAUCUAUACAGUAUCAGACUGUAGUGACUGAAUAUUGCUGGUGGUCACCUGUAUAUGUUAUGCAGAAAUUAUCAUAUCAUGUAUCAGAAGUCAUAUCAUAGUCAUCAUCAGUUUGAUAAUGCAAGCCUCCCCACUGUCCCACUUUCAGCAAGACAGUCUAAGUUGUAGGAUCCUGCCCACUGUACUGAUUUAGCUCCUUGAUGUCCCUCUUGUGCUAUGCAGUAGGAACUAGAGCUUCAACAGCCUUCUCUGUAUGGUCUGCAGAUGCGUAGAAAGGUGACUGGGGGCAAGUCCUUUACUUGUGCCAGCCCAACCUGUUCCAUGCCAUGAGUGUAGAUGGGUGCAGAUGCCCCCUCACAAUGCUGGACCGAAAGGAUUUUUUCUCAGUGAUGCAUCCAUCAGAGGUGGAGACCACAAGCCCCUCCCAUUGGACCACCAGGGAGCUACAUAUUAGAACCCAAUGGGCCACAAGGAAGCAAGGCUAUGGUCACCAGGGCGUGGGACUAUGAUCUCAAGGGAAUCAAGAUCAUAAAACCCCCAGGUCAAUGGUAACAGGGGGUAAAAAUGCAUUUUUUUUUAACAAUUCUAAUGUGCACUCAGCAAUACACAAACCACUAAGCUACCCACACACAUCAACACACAUCAUUUGCAGAUACCUACAGAUUCUCUCACAUGGUCUGCAGGGAGAAACCAUAAGCAGGGGCUAUAGUGGUUAUAGUGUUUGGAAUGUUAUUUUAAUUAAUAUUUAAUUUAUAUCAAAUAAAUAAACAACAUCGAGGAAGAACUCCUGGGUGCAUACCAUAAUGAAACGUGCUGUGCAUGCCUAUGCUCAUAUGCCUCCUUCUGGGAGGAACCACCCAAUAUGGGUGUUGCUAGUAACACCAUUAGUGAUGGGACCAAUGUUGGGUGGUAUGAUGAUAUACAUUCCUUAUUCGAAUAUUUGUUUUAACAACUUCUUGACCAUGGCUACAUGCCUAUUACAAUGGCAUUUAAAUUCAGCCAUUUUGGCCUUUUCUAAUAAGUUUAAUUUUAAGAGGUAUGUUAGUCUUCACAUAGCAUAAGUCAGGACCACACAUUGCUGCAGAAAUUUAAAUAAAACAGUUUUUUUGUUGUAUAAACGUUUAGCAUCACUAAUUACCCAGAAAUGUAAGUGAUGAACCAGAGUGAAUCAAGAGGAAGUGUCAUGUGUCAUCUUAAAUGUUGCCAAUUCCAUAUAUCUGUAUCAAAAUUGAGAAUAAAAAAAGGUACGUGUGUACAAUACAGAAGCAAUUUCUAUAAAAUUAAAAAUUACUUAAUGAAAUGUAAUAUUGUGCAAUGCUUUCUCUACAGAUACGAUAUAUGUGGAUCAGUUGGAUGCUGUCCCCGCUCUACAAGGAGAAACAGUCAUCAUUCCGUGUUAUAUUACUUACCCUACUGGAAGUACCUUUACUGUUGAAAAAGUGACCUGGCGUACGGCAAAUAAUGACCUGUGUCAAGAUAAUGGAGAGCCUCGUGUUUGGAACUUAGAAAAUAAAUCAGAGCUUAUAGAUCAAUUCUCGCUGGUGAAUUUUCCAGCUAAUAUCUCAUUACGUAUAAAAAAUGUGAAACUUUCAAACAAGAACUGGUACUGCUGUGAAGUGACUACAGAAAGUCGUACAUAUAUUACUCAUCGUGCCACUGAGCUGGCCAUUACAGGUAAAUAUGUAGUUUGUUGA